CGGACCACCGAGCUUCCCCGCUCCACCCCAGAUUUGACAAAAUCGACUAGACCUGGCGUCAACGUUGGCCGUCGAGAAUAUACUCUCCAGAAAAGCGGACGCGAUCGCCGGUUACUCGCGAAUGCGUUUUCGUAUUUCAGCCAGCCUCUCAGGUAGGAGGUGAGCAGGGGCAGGGCCACUGAGGAGAGAUGCCUGUGGAGGGCGGAAGCGGCAGCUCUGCUUCAGCUGCGCGCCAUCCCAAGCAGAAGCGCAAGGCCCACAGCUUGUCCAUACGGCGCACCAACAGUACAGAGGAAAGGCCACCUGGCUUGCACAGAGGAGACAUGCUGGAGGGACAGGAUUCCAAGCUGCCCCUAUCCAUAAGGAACAACCUCCUCGACCUGUUUGGCCAGAUUGAACGCGAGUUUGAGAAUCUCUACAUUGAAAAUCUAGAAUUGCGUCGGGAGAACGAUUCUCUGAACGAGCGCCUGACAGGGGAUGGACAAAACAUUGAGGGAGGAGACCCCGCCAAAGGGGCCCUGAAAACAAAAGCAAGCCACAGCACCAGUCAGCUCUCGCAGAAGCUGAAGACGACCUACAAAGCUUCCACCAGCAAGAUUGUGUCUAGUUUCAAAGCCACCACUGGUUCCAGGGCUGUGUGCCAGUUACUGAAGGAGUAUGUGGGCCACAGGGAUGGGAUCUGGGACCUCAGUGUCACCCGGACACAGCCAACGGUCCUGGGCACUGCUUCUGCGGACCACUCAGCUCUGCUGUGGAGUAUAGAGACAGGGAAGUGUCUACUGCGAUAUGCUGGCCAUGCAGGAUCAGUCAACUCCAUCAAGUUCCACCCCACAGAGCAGAUGGCUCUAACAGCCUCUGGAGACCAGACGGCACACAUCUGGCGCUACAUGGUCCAGCUGCCUGCUCCUCAGCCGACACCAGACGUCACUGCUCCAUGCGACGAUGACCAGGACUCAUCAGACAGAGAGGAAGGGGAGGUGGACGGGGAGGGGCCUUGUGAGGUGCCCACCGUCCGAGUCGCUACGGCAACACUGAAGAGCCACCAGGGUGUGGUGAUCGCGGCUGAUUGGUUGGUGGGGGGCAGACAGGUGGUAUCGGCUUCCUGGGACCGCGCCGCCAACCUGUAUGAGGUGGAGACCUCUGAACUGGUUCACACUCUCACUGGCCAUGACCAGGAGCUGACCCACUGCUGUACCCACCCCACUCAGCGGCUGGUGGUGACAUCAUCCAGAGACACCACUUUCAGACUGUGGGACUUCAGAGAUCCCUCCAUCCACUCUGUCAAUGUCUUCCAGGGACACACUGACACAGUGACGUCAGCGGUGUUCACAGUCGGUGACAACGUGGUGUCAGGAAGUGAUGACCGCACUGUCAAGGUGUGGGACCUGAAGAACAUGAGGUCGCCCAUAGCAACCAUUCGCACCGAUUCAGCCGUCAACAGGAUAAGUGUUUCUGCGAACCAGAGGAUUAUCGCUCUUCCACACGACAAUCGCCAGGUCCGGCUGUUUGACAUGAAUGGCGUGAGGCUGGCCAGACUUCCACGCAGCAACAGAAUGGGCCAUCGGCGCAUGGUGUGCUGCUCGGCCUGGAACGAGGAGAACCAGUCGUGCAAUCUGUUCACCUGUGGCUUCGACCGGCAGGCCAUUGGAUGGAAUAUCAACAUCCCCGCCCUGCUGCAAGAAAAGUGAUGCUGCUGAAGUUACCGUCGUAUGCUCACCACAAACUCUACAUGCAUACACAUUUAGGCACAGCGCGGUUCAUAGAUUCAUUCACACGGGCACAGUUAGUUUCCGUUUUGGAAUAAUUUGGGCAGGGUCAUUUGCAGCUUUCCAAGGACUAAGCACACUCACAGGCUGUGAAAAUUAAUAGGCCCCAUUUGAAUAAUUUGCAUGGCUGCGUACAUUGUAACCCCUUGUGAUGAGGGUUGAUGUUUAGUUUUUGUUCGGCAUAUUUGGUUAAUUAAAACCAAUCAGAUUAAGUUAUUCCCCUUAUAGACAGGUUUAUAAUUUGUUCUUACACAGCGUACAGUAGUCGGCAUGGACAUAAGGGGAAGACUCAUCCAGAACAAGUCCUUGGUAGGUCAGAGUAAGUUUCUGCAACCUCUGGAUGUUGAUUUAGUGGUUUUAAAGGACUCGAUUAGGCUCUGAUAUUUUAAAGUGUGUGUGUGUGUGUGGAGGAGGCCCAAAGAGCUGUUCUCUCAUUUGACCCCUUCGCCUGUUUAGCAUGGGUUGUGAAGCUGGUAGGAGGACAUUCUUCCUUGCCAGCUUUCUACAAUAACACAAGAAGUCGUAGGCUGCUGAUGACAUCACUGCUGUUUGGUUACUGCUGAUUGGCUGCUCCUGCAUGUCAAUACACUUGGUUUGCAAAUGUUUCCUGUAAAAUAGUGACAAUAGUUGUAAGGACAGGUACGUUCCUAGAGUAGCACAUGUAGGCUUAGUGCACAUAUCUCGUGGCCUGAUAUAAAGUGACCUGUGGGGCAGUUGGUUGUUAUUUCGUGAUUUACCAUCGUUGUCUGGCAGUUACCUCCCCGUUUGAAGUCCAGACAAGCUUUAGACAGUGUGACCUUGUGAAAUGUUUUGUUUUGGUCACACUUUCAAGGUUUCUCACCGUAGUGUGAAAUAUCGUAUUUGGGCCUACCGAACAAACCUGGCAGCCAGCGGGGGUUGCCAGGUUUGCGGUCUUUACAAUGUCAUUUCAUACUCAAUACCUUUCCUGUCACCUCUGACCCUCUCGACCCUCUCGCAGCCGGCCUCCAGAUUUUGUUUUACAAACCUGUGAUACUGUAACUCUCGCCUUGUUCAAUGUUUACAGUACACCCCAGUCAGAUGUUUCUAUCUAUUUCUGCUGUAAUAUGUCAUUCUGUCACCACGUGUUAGCAUCAUAGCGUCAUAGCUGUAAUGGGCUAGCCAGCACAUUUGUUUUUCAUAAGUCUGUCGGAGGUUUGGAAAUGGAAGGUGUUCGGCAUAAUCAUGACUAUUGUGUGUUACGCUGAUAUCUUUGUGCUUUUUUUUUUUUUUUUUUGGAAAAAUGAAAUUCUAGCCAUAAUGUUGCUGUCAGUGAAAUCUAGAUCACGCUCUUCAGUCUGUUGCCAACGCUGUCCUGUGUUACCGUAUCCAUGGCUUAGUGGAUCUGUGUUCUGAUGACGUGCUCCUGGCUCUCCGUUGUUCCUGUGCCGGACUAAAGAGCUUGUCGGUAUGAAGUUUAACUUAAUGUACAGUAACCUUAACCUAGUUAGACCUAUUGCACCUUUUGUCGUUGGCUGUUUAUUCCCGUUUAUGAAAAAGUGCUCUUUAUCCAAAAUACAGCAAUAACCCGGCCGUUCAAGAGUAUCAAACGCAUCACGGACACAGUCGCUGUAUUUCUUAACUAGAAACGAGUGGAAAUGACUUGAAAGACGCACUGAAUCUCAGUUUAAGGACUGCCCCGUGUGCAGAACUGGGCUUUACCGUAUACUCCAGGAGAACUCUCAGUUACC